AUGACUACUUUGGGCAACCUGACACCCUCAAGCACUGUGUUCUUCUGUUGUGAUAUGCAAGAGCGAUUCCGGCCUGCCAUCAAGUACUUUGGUGAUAUCAUCAGUGUGGGCCAACGACUGCUCCAAGGUGCACGGCUCUUAGGAAUUCCAGUUAUUGUAACUGAGCAGUAUCCCAAAGGUCUUGGCAGCACUGUGCAAGAAAUUGAUUUAACAGGAGCUAAACUGGUGCUUCCCAAAACAAAAUUUUCAAUGGUGUUGCCAGAAGUUGAAGCAGCACUAGCAGAGAUUCCUGGAGUCCGCAGCGUUGUCCUAUUUGGAGUAGAGACUCAUGUCUGCAUCCAGCAAACAGCAUUGGAACUAAUCGGCAGAGGUCUGGAAGUUCAUAUCGUAGCUGAUGCCACCUCAUCAAGAAGCAUGAUGGAUAGAAUGUUUGCUCUUGAGCGUCUUGCUCGUACUGGAAUUAUAGUUACUACUAGUGAAGCGAUAUUGCUGCAGCUGGUAGCUGAUAAAGAACAUCCAAAAUUCAAGGAAAUCCAAAAUCUCAUUAAGGCGAGUGCCCCUGAGUCAGGGCUCCUUUCCAAAGUUUAAAGAGGAUGUGGAGGAAGCUUAUCUAAUUGUCAUCUUUAAGGAGGAAGGGAAGCUGUAAGCGCAUAUGUACACCUUCUUUCACUCAAAGUUUGGUAGAAGUGUAAAAUUAAAAAUUGGCAUACUCGUGCUUGCCUUAGCAAAAUUGUCUGGUUAUACAUCUGGGUGCCAGUAUGUUCUGUUUAGUUAUAGCUGUCAGAGCCUUUGGGUACUGUAGGACCCUUUUGUUGUCAAAUUUCCUUAUUUAUUUAAAAAACAAAAAUUGGCAGAGGUGCCUGCUGGUCUAUACUGUACACUGAUUGUAACAGCUCCAAGAAGUGCAUAUUUCUGUGACACCUCUUGAUUGUGCACUUUGUAAAAGCGUUCUGUGAUAUUCUGUUUUACUUUUGUAUUAAUAGAAAAUGAUUAAACAUUGGAUAAAUGUGAUGUGAUACUCUUUAAUGUUCUAUGUAAAUGAAGUCUUUUAAUAGGACAUAAGUUAAAACCGAGCAAGA